UGUCAUAUUAAUACCCCUCUGUUGCUCUGCAGGCGUCCAGAGAGAGUCUGAAAAUGGAGCCCCUGGCAGACUGCAGCUUACUGCCCGGAGAGGAGAGGAUCAUAGACAAAGACAUCAUCUAUAUCUGUCCAUUCAGUGGAGCUCUGAAAGGCAAAGUCUUCAUCACUAACUACAGACUCUACUUCAAGAGUGCAGACGCAGACCCGGCGGUGACUCUGGAUGUUCCGCUGGGCGCCAUUGGCCGGGUGGAGAAGAUGGGCGGAGCCUCCAGUCGGGGGGAGAACUCAUACGGGCUGGACAUCACCUGCAAGGACAUGAGGAACCUGAGGUUUGCGUUGAAGCAGGAGGGACACAGCAGAAGGGACAUCUUUGACAUCUUGUUUAAAUAUGCCUUCCCCCUGUCCCACGGUCUGCUUCUGUUUGCGUACCUGAGUCAAGAGAAAUUUGAAGAGAAUGGCUGGAGUGUGUACAAACCCAUGGAAGAGUUCAGACGGCAGGGCUUACCCAAUGACAAGUGGCGUGUCACGUUCAUCAAUGCCAACUAUGAGCUGUGCGACACCUACCCCACCAUACUGGUGGUUCCCUUCAAAGCUACAGAGGAAGACCUGAGGAAAGUGUGUACCUUCAGGUCCAGAGGACGCAUUCCUGUGCUGUCGUGGAUCCACCGUGAGAACCAGGCCGUUAUCUGCCGCUGCUCCCAGCCCCUGGUGGGGAUGUCUGGGAAGAGGAACAAGGAUGACGAGCGCUACCUGGACCUCAUCCGGGAGGCUAACGGCACCGCCAAGCUCACCAUCUACGACGCACGGCCCAGCGUCAACGCCGUCGCCAACAAGGCCACGGGUGGGGGUUACGAGGGUGACGAUGCAUAUCAGAACGCUGAGCUGGUGUUUCUAGACAUACACAACAUCCACGUGAUGAGAGAGUCCCUGAAGAAGCUAAAAGACAUUGUCUAUCCCAACGUAGAGGAGUCACACUGGCUGUCCAGUCUGGAGUCCACACACUGGCUAGAACACAUCAAGCUGGUCAUAUCUGGAGCCAUCCAAGUAGCAGACAAGAUAUCGGGAGGUAACUCUGUGGUGGUCCACUGUAGUGAUGGGUGGGACCGGACGGCCCAGCUCACCUCUCUGGCCAUGCUGAUGCUGGACAGCCACUACCGCACCCUGAGAGGAUUCCAGGUACUGCUGGAGAAGGAGUGGAUCGGCUUCGGACACAAGUUUGCCAAUAGGAUAGGACACGGUGAUAAGAACCAUGCUGAUCAGGACAGGUCUCCUAUCUUUGUACAAUUCAUAGACUGUGUCUGGCAGAUGACCAAACAGUUCCCGACAGCGUUUGAGUUUAACGAGCGUCUCCUAGUGACCAUCCUGGACCACCUGUUCAGCUGUCGCUUUGGAACCUUCCUCUACAACUGUGAGCGUGCCAGGGACACUAACGAGUUGCGGUCUAAGACGGUGUCUCUGUGGUCAUUGGUAAACAGUGAUCUGUCCUUCUACCAGAACCCCUUCUACACCCCAGAGUCCAAUAGAGUCCUCUACCCUGUAGCCAGCAUGAGACACCUAGAACUCUGGGUGACUUACUACAUCCGCUGGAACCCUCGCAUCCGACAACAGCAGCAGAGUCCAGUGGAACAGCGUUACAUAGAGCUGUUAGCCCUGAGAGAUGAAUACCUGAAGAAACUAGAGGAACUGCAGCUCUCUGACUCCUCCCCCAACUCCUCCCACCUAUCAAAUAGCUCCACCCCCAACGCAGCCUCUCCCACGCAGCACAUCACCCACCUGCACACCCCCUUCUGAGUGGGGUCGCCACACACACUCCGACGUAUACAACACACGUGUAUGCGCAUUCUCCGGGGUCGGUGUUGAUUACAUGUCAGUUCAGUUAAUGAAUCAUAGGAGAUUGAUUGAAGUUCCAAAUUUGAGAGUUGAAAAGUGACAUUUUUUCCCAAUGAAGAUUUUUCAGUUCUGCAGGAUUUCAGAAUGUUCAGUUCUUCGGAAUUUCAGAAUUUCAAUUCACUUCCUGAAAUUGAAAUGGGUUUGACCCUGACACAGGAAGUUAUUUUUUGUACAUAACGUUUAAAGUAAUAAUGAAGCCGAUAAAUAACAUGGAAUAGACGUAACCAUGGUGAUUAUGCAACAUGUCACAGUACAGCCUUCUCACAACUUUAAUAGAAUGUUGUUUUUCCACCAAAACAAAGAAGCCUUAAUAUAAAAUAAAACAAUGUUUGUAGAUAAACAAUACUAAAGGUGAAGGGUUAAAACUCACUGGCUGCAUUCCAAUUCACCCAGAAGUGUGCCCUCAGUCACUCCCCUUCAUGCUCAUGCAUUGUAUUGGUGCAAGCAUGGCUGGAUGGAUGGAGUUUCCACCAUAUUCCUCACACCAGUCCCUUUUAAAUCUAUGAGGGGGAGCGUAUGAGUGCACACUUCAGGGGAAGGGUAGAGAAUGGGAUCGUAGCCCCUGCUCCUCUAGGACUGAAUACACUGCACUCCUCUCCAUGACCAGGGAGAGAAUGGGAUCGUAGCCCCUGCUCCUCUAGGACUGAAUACACUGCACUCCUCUCCAUGACCAGGGAGAGAAUGGGAUCGUAGCCCCUGCUCCUCUAGGACUGAAUACACUGCACUCCUCUCCAUGACCAGGGAGAGAAUGGGAUCGUAGCCCCUGCUCCUCUAGGACUGAAUACACUGCACUCCUCUCCAUGACCAGGAGAGAAUGGGAUCGUAGCCCCUGCUCCUCUAGGACUGAAUACACUGCACUCCUCUCCAUGACCAGGGAGAGAAUGGGAUCGUAGCCCCUGCUCCUCUAGGACUGAAUACACUGCACUCCUCUCCAUGACCAGGGAGAGAAUGGGAUCGUAGCCCCUGCUCCUCUAGGACUGAUUACACUGCACUCCUCUCCAUGACCGGGAAUUAAAAUUUGACUAGAAGUGUAUGUGACUAGUUUCCCUUCAAUCAUUGUGUAGCUGUACCUAUGUCCCAACAUAAGCAAUACCAGUCCAAUCAUUCAGUUACGUUUGGAUAGGAAGCUUGAGUGCAAACCAGUUUCCCCGUCCCAACUCACAUAAAUGAUUUAUCAUUCAUACCCACAAAAAUAGUAUAAAUCAGUUCUAUGUUCAUAAGUCCCAAAUUGUAUCAUUUAUUCGGGGUUGAUUAUAGCCCAGUGUAUGAUAUCCGGUAGGCCAAGUAUCCCUGUGUAUUGUACUGUAGAAGGUCUAGGGAGAGACUGGACACAGACAGUUGUAUUGGUUCCUAUGAGAGGUGCUGAGAGUUUUAUCUCAUAUCGUGGUUCACUCGAGCCUCGUCCCAAAUCUGAUUGUACUGUCUUGCCGACUCAAAAUAACCUCUUUUUUUAACCUUUUUUUUAUUGGUCACAGAAACGUAUUUAGCAGGUGUUAUUGCAGGUGUAGCUAAAUGCUUGUGUUCCUAGCUCCGACUGUGCAGUAGUAUCUAACAAGUCACAAUAAUACACACAUCUAAACGUAAAAUCAUGGAAUUAAGAAAUAUAUAAAUAUUAGGAAGAGCAAUGUCAAGAGUGGCAUAGAUUUAAAAUACAGUAGAAUUGAAUACAGUAUAUACACAUGAGAUGAGUAAAGCAGGAUGUAAACAUUAUUAAAGUGACUCAUAUGGCCGUAGUCAUGCAUUACAUUUACCGUAUGUGUUGGUAAGACGGCACAAACAGAUCUGGCACCAGGCUAGGUCCACUCAGUCCAAUAAUAGUGAUCAGUGGUUCUGCCUCAACCCAACUCUCAUUUUGUACAACUUCAGAGCCUUUACAACCUGUUACCUUGAAUGGUCAAACCCCUCUUGGCAUAAACGUAAACAUUUGCCAUCGACCCUAUUGAUCCCAAUCUGCGUGGCAAAAUGGUUUAGCUCAAAUUUGCUGAAGGUUUUUGGACUCCCACAGAGUAGGUUCAGAAAUAAUCCCCAAAUAAAAGCUGUGGAAGGGACAAUGUCUAGAGGUGGGAUCAGAUCGGUGGAAGUCCAGAAUAAUUUACAACGUUUCAAGGGAUCACGAUGUGGGCAAUGUAUUCUCAGACAAGAGUUCUUUGGACAAGAAUCACCAUAGAUUUUGAGAUUAGAUUGGUGGGAAAACCCAGGAAUUGUUUAGUUACUCUUUACAGGGCAUAUCCAGUGUUCUGGAGAACGCAGGUCAGGUCCAGUUCUGUGCCUUUGACCGUCUGAAUUUCAUCCUCAGGUGGAUGUUUUGUAUGUACCCAAACUAUAACUUUGUCUUUGUCAUUGUUCCUCUGUGUGUGGCAUCUGUGGUCGAGGGGUAAAGGGAAAGAAAGCACCUGAUUGGUUGUGGAAGGAGAAAGGAAGAACCCGAUUGGUUGUGGUGCGGGGAAAGAAAGCAUCCGAUUUGCUGGGGCAACGGGAAUGAUGGAUUCCGAUUGGUUGUGAAAGGGAAAAGAAAAGAUCCUGAUUGGUUGAUACAGUAUGUAUGCUCCUUCUGGUCAAGAUCCUUUGGGUAGGAUAACCAGUCACCACUGGAUAUGGGAAGACCAUACCAGAGAGAGAACUUAGAGGGCUUGUUGCUGAACAUCUAUUGAAAGAUGGUGGUGAUGGUGGGCUAAAAAUGAGGUCUCUUGAUAUUAAAACCUUUCAGGCACUACCUUUUUGCUCCCUAAUGCUACCCCAGAAUGCGUCACUUCGGAAGACUUUGGCCUCAAUGAGGUGAAAAAGUUUUUUUAAAUAAAACCAAGAGCGAAAUGAACAACAAGGCAAAACACUUUUUGGUUUGUUGGUUGGUUGUGUUUUUAGGCAACAAAAUAAAUAUAUUUUGUUUAUUUUUUACUUUAUACAAGUACAGUAACUAUGAUGUAAUUACCUCAAACAAAACUGAUUUUACUGUUAAAAGUUGUAAAAUAUUAUUUUAUUUAGUGUACCAUUUGACACGUUUUAUAAAAAGGAAAUUAGUAGGACAAACAUUUUGUUUUGUUUCUUUGAAUGGUUGGUUAAUAAUUUGUGGAUUUCUUGUUACAUUAGUUUAUUUUUUUAUUUGCAUUUUGGGAUUUUGAUUUCUAACAGAAGAGGACAGUGAAUCAUGAAUUGUGGGAGAUUUGAUUCAGUCGGGAAUUGAUUCAGUUACCUUUGGCGUCUUCACCUGUGAUUGUGUAAAUAGGGGCGUGAUUAGAUCAAUGGAGUGGCUGAGAAUUGGACUUUUCUGAACCCCUCUUCUGGACAGCUAAAGGUCCCGAAGCUUCUGCUAUUGUGCGCGAUUCUCUACUUUACACACAGUGUCUGCUCUACUCGCAGGGAACCGGCUAUUCUAGCGAAUGGUGCUCUUUUAAUAAGGUUAGGUCGCAGCUGAAUCAAUGUCUGCAAAAACGCAAUGAUAGCAAUCUACAUUUAUUUGUAUUUAACCUAUAUUUAACUUGGCAACUGAAUAUAAAUAGCAUAACGAUCUAAUUGCAUAUCCCCAUGAAACUGAGAUCAAAUAGUUGCUAUGCAGAUGCUGCAUGGAAGUUUCAUCUGUAAAAAAAAAUUGGGAAAAUUCUAAUUCACCAUUGACACUAGGAAUGUGAAGGAUGGUUCUAUAUGUGUAGAGCUGAGACUGCUUAAAGUAGAGAAUUCCGUACAUGCGCAGAAGCUUCGGGACCUUUAGCUGUUGGGAUGAGGGGCCCAGAAAAGUCUGAUCCACAGCCUCGGCCUUCAAUCAAACUCAUUGUGGUAUUUAUGCAGGAGCUCUUUUACCCCCAUGGUCAGAUCUAAUCCCUGAACAGUGGUAAUACUUUACUACCACCAGGAAGUAUCCCCAUCACAAAUAGAUGCAUGUUUUUCCACAAUGAGAAGGCGAUGCAUGGACAUUAGUUUGUAAACAAAGACACUGCCAUAAACAUUGGUAUAAUGAGUUUGUCUGAAUUACAGCCCUAGAAGAAUUGAGCACUGAUAAAGGCUGUGCAAAUGGCACACUAUUAGUCCCAAAUGGCACCCUAUUACUGCCAAUAUAGUGCACUUAUUUUGACCAGAGAAUAGGGUGCCAGCUGUCGCUAGUGAUUUUGUUAAUUUUCUUCAUGUAUUCUACCUUUAACAUAGGGAUAUCGAAAGGGAUUUCUGUCAUAUUAUAGCCUACUUACUCCCCAGCCUGGUGUCCCAGAUCAGUUUGUGCCGUUUUGCCAAAUCCUUGUGAGUCAUGACCAUAGGAGUUAGCUUGGGUGCCAGUCUGUUUCAGGGGGCGUACUGUCAAGGAGGGUGUACUUGUACAACAAGCUGCCUCAUGCUACAGAAACAGGAGAUGGACUGCUGCCCUAUGGGCCUGUCUGGCUUGGACAAGGCUUUACAUACCAGUCUUUGUCUGCUCUGUUCAUGCCAGGACGAGCAGAAGCCAACUGGCACCCAGCCUACAUGGGAGUUUUGGCAAGACAACACAAACAGCUGUGGGAUUCAGGCUGUACUACUCCUCUCAUGUAUGAGUAGUCCAUGUUGGUUGUUGUGUAAAUAAUGCUGAUUAAAUUAAUUUAAAGAUUUCUCACUUAAAACAAAAAAACAUGUUGA